CACAACGCGGUGAAGGAAGAAGAGAGGAAGGGGAGGGGAAAAAAGUAGAAAGGGGGAGAGAAAAAGAAAAAAAAAAACAAGAAACAGUAACGGAAGGAAGGAACUCCAGUCAGCUCCUGCCGUGUUGGGAACGCGGCGGCGACGCUGCUGACUCUUCUUCCUUGGUUUCAUCCUCUCCUCAUCAGGACCACAAAUCAAUCCUCCUCUCUCCUCUCAAAUAAGUCAACCGACCAACCGACGGAGUCAAUCAAUGCACAGGGAUUCAAGGGGAGAAAAGAAGAAGAAGAAGGAUCUGAUUCUGGAGCGGAGGGGAGGGCGAUCGCCAUAAGAGAAGACAAGAGAGAAGGCGAUGCUGCAGCGGGCGGCGAGCAAUGCCUACUCGUGGUGGUGGGCGAGCCACAUCCGCACCACCCAGUCCAAAUGGCUCGACGCAAACCUCCAGGAGAUGGAAAAUAGAGUCAAGAUCAUGCUUAAACUCCUUGGAGAGGAAGCUGAUUCCUUUGGCAAGAGGGCCGAGAUGUACUACCGCAGGAGACCAGAAGUGAUAAGCCAUGUGGAAGAAGUCUACAGGGCUUACAGAGCUCUCGUUGAACGGUAUGACCACAUAUCCAAGGAGCUACAUAAGGCCAAUCACACUAUUGCUACUGCUUGUCCAGAAGAAGUGCAAUACGCAAUGUUAGAACAGGAGGAUGAUAAUUUCCCCAAAGCAUUGACACCAAUUAACUCGCAGAAGAUACUUAAGUCGACAGUUGAAGAAAUUCUGAAGAGAAAAAGAGAAGGUCCGUCAGGGAGGAACAAGGGAUUGCACGAAGGGUCUGCUCCACACAUGAGCAAAGAGAAGGCAGAAGAAGAGAUCAGUAGACUUCAGAAGGCUAUACUUGUCCUGCAAACUGAGAAAGAAUAUGUCAAAAGUUCUUAUGAGAAUGGUAUUGCUAGGUAUUGGGAGAUUGAGAAGCAGAUUGCAGACACGCAGGAGGAAAUUUGUCUUAUUCAAGAUGAAUAUGAUGCACAUGCAGCCAUUGAUGAUGAUGAAGCCCGUGCCUUGAUGACAAUAACAGCUCUUAGAUCUUGUCAGGGUACAGUAGCUAAGCUGGUACAUAAUUUUGAGGAGUUAAUCAGGAUUGCAUCCAUGGAGUCGGAAAAAACAAAGUCUCUCCGAGCACAGUUGUAUGCUAUGAAUGGCAACACUGACAUAUCGUCAGGAGAGGCUGGCAGCACAGACAUGUCAGAGAACAAAAGAGUUUAUCCUAUUACUCAGGAAAUACUCGAGUUGCAGCCUAUAUAUGAAAAAAUUGAUAAUUUUUUUUCAAACAGUUAUGAAUCCUCUGCAGAGGAGAUGGCAGAGAAAGUUGAUAAACUUAUUGAUAAGGUCAUGGACUUGGAGCUAAAGUUCCCAAAGCAAUCAGCACAAAUCAAGCAACUGAAACAAGAAAAUGAGAACCUCAAGAAUAAAUUGGAUGAGUUACAAGACGAGAUGGCACUUCGUGAUGAUCCAAGCGAUUUAGAUGAACAACUCAAGCUAUUAGAAGAUGAGUUGAAUAGAGUCAGAGUUCUUGAAAGAUCAAUUAUCGAGGAAGAAGUUUUUGUCAGCACAGCCUUUUCUGAAGUUUUUAGUUGCAUAACUAAUAUCUCAAAGGCACUUGGAUCUAUUGGCCCUGAAGACCUGUAUAAUUUGUCGACUGCAGCAGGAAAUGGUGCCACAGUUUCAGGAGAUGUGGGCCUGGAGAACUUUACAAAAGAGAACACCUUAAUCAAGGGUAGGGAGUUUAGAGACAUAGAGGCACCAAGGACGGGUGAUAGUUUGGGCCGAGACAGAGAAGAUGUCUCAGAAGUUGUUGAUAACAAUUCAUCAGGUGGUACUGAUGGCAUCUAUGACUCCAAGAAUGGUGAGGAAAAAAUUCUGAAUGAGAAUUGCUUUACGCAAGAAGUCAGAGAACAAAAGUCAAUACAUUAUUGCAAGCAUAUUAAUCCAUUUGUCAGUUUAAAAAAUGAAAAUGGUUUUGAUAAUUCAGGUGAGGGAAAAAUAGAUAGCUCAUUAGAAGAAGUAGGCCAGAGUUCAUUAGGUGGUAAUGGUACCAACAAAACCUGGGACAUGGAGAAUGACGGAACUGAAAACUUUGCUCAAGGUAAAAUUUUGAAAGGUGAGUGUCCAUCAGGAAUAGUCAGUCAGACUCAUCUCCUUCACUCAGGUAGCAUAUAUGCUUCAGACAAGAAAUAUGACUCUAAUGAAGAUGGGUCAUCAGUGGAGGCUGCUGAGUCACCAGUGGAAGUUGCUGAGAGUUCACUUGGUGGCAGCAACAAAAUCCAAGUUUUGAAGAAUGUUGGUGAUGGAAAUUAUUUCACUGGGAGCAGCGUGGUCCAGGAGGAAAGACUCAAAGACACUAAAUCACAGAAAAUCUAUCGGCAGAUUAGUCUAGUUGGCUCCGCAAACUUAAACAGUUUAAAGGAAGAAGAUGCCCCGGAAGAAACAUCAUUGCCAGAAGCUGAUCGUGCUUGUUUCAGUGCUUCAGAUAGGAGUUUGGACUUCUGGCAUACUGAUGAAGCAAAAUCUGUUAAAGAAUUACCAAAACUAGGUGGUCAACUAAAUGCUCCAGAAAAUAUCUUAAGUUUGAACAAAUGCAGCAAAGUUGAAGAACCUGUAGAAGAUGGUCACAUUUCAUUUGGUCAUGUGGAUAACGUUCAGGACAUGAAGGACAACAUACUUGUAGAUGCAUUUUCCUCGGAAGCUAGGGAUGGAACUUCUCUCUGUGCGCCAACUAGAAAUUCUGAGGAAACUGAAGGAUUGCAUCCGCAAGUAUCACAAGUUCCUACAGAUUCAGAAAAUAUGGCGAGUGACAUUUGUCAUAUUCAGCUAGAGAAGAAGAAUUCAAAUGGCAAAGGGCUUGCAAGCAAAGCAAGUACCUUGUGUAACCAUGGAGGAAGGAGUCAGUGUGAAAAGUCUGCUUUGACUGGAGAAGAAGGUGUACCUAGCUGGCGAGAAUUUCUUCUUGAUGGGCGUGAAGGCAGAGAAGCAACAAUACUAGCUGACUAUACUUCAGUUCUGCGGAACUACAAAGAAACAAAGAGAAGGCUUGCUGAGCUGGAAAAGAAAAAUCAGGUGCAUCUUGAAGAGACAAAGGCGGUAAUACGGGAGUUGAGGAAUGCAAAUUCCAUGAAAUAUGUUGAGAUCCAGUCGCUAAGAAAUCUCCUGGACUCCUCGGAGAUGCCACCCAGUGAAGCAAGUAGUGACACAACUGGUUUCUCAAGUAUGAGAUCAUUUAGGGAAACUGACAGAACAAAUGGCACUUUGGAUAGAGAAAUUUCAACUGUGGAGGAAAUCAAUUUUAGCCACAAUGGGGCACCAAAGAAGGCCUCGCCAGUUGAAGUGAAGUUCAGAAACGAAAUUGAUGCUUUGGUCGAAGAAAAUCUGCAGUUAUUGGUAAGGUACAGCAUGGCUUGCCACUGCAUGCAGGAUUUUGACAGAAAAUACCAGGAGCUGCAGAGUGAAAUGGAGUUUGUUGAAGAUAAGAAGGCAGAGGAAUCUGAUAGUGCAGCAGAGCCUGAACCUGCUGAGAAGAAGCUGAGAGAGCUCCGAACUGAACUGGAUGUAUGGUUUGAGCAGAAUGCACUUCUCGAUCAAGAUGUGCAGCUGAAGACCACAUAUCUUUGCAGACUGCAAGAGGAGAUAGCCAAAGCCUUACGUGCUAGCUCAGAGAUAGGAGCCAGGUUCACGCCAUACGAAGCAGCCAAGUUUCAAGGAGAGGUCCUGAACAUGCAGCAAUCUAACAGUAAGAUUGAGAGCGAGUUGCAGGUCGCACUAGAGCACAUGAGAGAACUUCAAGCCAAGAUUAAUGAUGCCUUGCGGAGGCUCCGUGAGAGUUUUGAGCUUUCAUCCAGACGCUUGUCACAGCCAGAGACAGAAAGCAGCUAUCAAAACCAAUUCAAGCAUUUCCCAAGUAGGACCAGAGUACCGUUGCGGAACUUCCUGUUUGGCACAAAGCGAAAGAAGAAAUCAAUAUUUGCCUGCAUCAAUCCCACACUCCAGAAACAGUUCAGUGAUUUGUGAGUGAAUAGAUGUUGAAGGAUACAUGAACCAGCUACUAAAAUUUCGCUCACUUCCGGGAGGCAGAGGUGCUCAUUCAAUUUUCAUCCCAGCUUAUUGGAUGGACACAGGAUGAAGGAACGCCCAGUAACAACACCAUAGUUUUCCUUUCUUUUUUUUAAUUUUUGGAGAGAGGGAUAUUACCAUUACACUAGAGCUCACCAUACGUGAACAACACUUGUCUCAAGAUAUGCAUUCCCCAGGCCCUUGUUCUCUCUGGAGUAAUUUUUUUUUUCUGAGAGAACAAGAGCACGACACUAGCUUAUUAUGUCGUUUGGAAGGAGUCGAUGAGCUCCGCCGGUAAUGUUAGUUUGCUCUGUAGACUUGCUAUACUAUUCGUUCAUUCCAUUGAAUAAACAUGCAAAGCUAUGUCUUGUUUGAUACUAA